AUGGUGUGCAUUCCUUGUAUUGUCAUUCCAGUCUGGGUCUACAAGAAAUUUCUGGAACCGUAUAUCUGUCCCAUUAUUGCACCUUUCAUUGAGCAUGUGUGGCCCAAAAAAGCUGUGCAAGAAACAGUAGCCACAAAACAAGAUCAGGGAGGCAGCGCUGGAAAUCCACAGGCACCUUCAGCCACAAAAAGAGAUCAGGAGGAUGAAUCUGGAAUUUAUAAAUUUGAAAGCAAUGGCGUUGCAAUUGGAAUUGCUGCAAUAAGAUCUACUGAAGUUUGUGACAAGAAAAUGGACUAA